AGACGAAAUUUCUUGGUGGAUAACAAAUCGACUAGGAUCUUUAUUCUAUCUGUUGAAGAAACGAUGAGGCAUUUAUUCAGACUUGUAAUGUGUGAGUCAUGAGUUUUUUGAAGUUGACUGUUGACCCUAUUUGGUAUCAUCAUGUCGUUGCCAUUGGUUUGUCGCAUAAGUGUCCGUGGAAUCAGUACACAGGCCAAAUCUGCAAGGACACGAGCACUGGUGGACAAAAUUAUAAGAAUUGAUCAUGCUGGAGAGCUAGGAGCAGACCGAAUUUAUGCUGGGCAACAUGCUGUUCUGGGCAACACAGCCUCUGGCCCUGUCAUCAAGAAAAUGUGGGACGAAGAAAAGGAACACCUCGAGACGUUUGAGAAAUUGAUUGUACAACACAGAGCCAGGCCAACAGUACUGCUACCUAUCUGGAAUGUAGCUGGAUUUGUACUGGGAGCAGGGACUGCAUUGAUUGGUAAGGAAGGUGCCAUGGCCUGUACUGUGGCUGUGGAAACUGUGAUAGGAGAACAUUACAAUAGCCAGCUUCGUGACCUUAUAGAAGAUGACUCGGAACAACAUAAGGAGUUAAUACAGAUCAUUAAAAAAUUUCGAGAUGAUGAACUCCACCACCAUGACACUGGAUUGGAACAUGAUGCAGAAAAGGCCCCUUUUUACGAUGCCAUGUCAUCAGUGAUAAAGCUUGGAUGUAAAGGUGCAAUAUGGUUGUCGGAGCGAAUCUAGUAGAUUGCAGACUGGGAAUGAAAUGGCAAAUGACUUAGAUUUUGUAAAUUUAAAUUCAGAUGUCAUCAUGCUCUUUAAGAUCACAUAUUCACCAGUGUUUAAUGAAGCUCGAUGGGAUAGAUUUCCUUAGAACUAUGUCCACAUUUUUGUAGAUCUGGUAGUUUUGAUGAUUUAUGUACAAACACUAUUUGCAUGUCCAAGCAGUAACUUUGUUCAUUUGAAAAGAAUUAUGCAAGUAAUUGAUAUGUGAAAAUAUUCCUUGUCUUUUUGAUGUUACUGCUAAACAUGCAAAAUAUAUAUAUUAAACAAAAAGAAUGUGAAAAAAG